ACUGUAAUUACCUGAUAUACCUUGAUUCGGUUUAUAUACAGUGACUUGCACUUUCAUUCCUAAUUAGGUAUAUUGCUAACAACUCCAAGACUCUCGCCUGCUACGCCAUCAUGUCUUCAACCAGGCACUGGUUGGACAAAGUCUACCUUGUGUAUUUCCUCAUCCAUCUGCCCGUCUUGUUCUGUGUUGACCUCGUACCCCUCUACCCGAUAUCUCUCUGGGUACCACCCUCGUCUCCAUUUCACUUUCUAUACGAGUUGCGGGUCUAUUAUAUAGAUACAUACAACGAUCAGUUCUUCGCACCGCCGCCGGCAACCAUCCCGAGCUUCUUCCCACUAUUCGCUUUCCUAGAGCUUGUCUUCCAUCUACCGGUGUCGCUAUGGGCAGUCCGUGCGCUCUUUAGCGGCGGACUGAACGGUAAUGCCGAAUUGCUACUCCUCGUAUACGGAAUCGAGACAGCAUUGACUACCGCGACCUGCAUGUACGAGGCAUUCCUCUGGGACCCAGCCGUGGUGACCGCUGAGCAAAAGGCAGUACUACUAGGUGGCCUAUACGGAGGGUAUCUUGCCAUUGCCGUCCUGCUGACUGUCGAUAUGUAUACACGUCUGCUGAAACGUGUCAACUCGCUUGAUGCUAGGAAGAAAGUUCAGUAGUAUUCAGUCUAAAUCCGAAACGCGAGAUGUUAAUGCCAUGAGUGGGCAUUGCGGAAUAGAGAAUAUGGG